UAAAUUUUCACACUAGAGGGCACCACCAAACUGGUCCACAAACGUCUCUUUGGCUAUGUCAUUUCCUUUCAAGGCAUCAAAGUUUUGUAGUUCCUGUGCUGGUGACCUGUCAGCGUUGUAGUUACAUGCUGUCACAGCUGAUACAUUCUGUCCUCUAGGUCCUCCUUCCACAGACUCAGUGACUACUGGGGCGUUGGAGACGCUCUGGAUGGUUCCCUUUUGUUUUUACAGCAGUGAUGCAAGACAUUUAACGUGCUAACGGCUAAAGCUAGCACACUGCCACUUAACUUGACAGCUAGCUGGUCUGCUAGCAUUUGCGGUAGCUAGCGGUAUUAGUUAGCUUUCCUGCUGUUAGUUAGCUCGACUCAUAGCAGUGGAAGAGUCGGAAGCCGCCCACCGCUCCAAAGUAGCGUUCCGCACGAAAGAGUAAAAGAUGGAGGCGCAAACCUCCCGUGAUCUUCUGCUGUCCAGGAAGAGAAGAAGAGAGGGUUCCAACGGGGAGACUGAGGAGGGAGAAAGACUCAUUAAAAUCCCCAGAUGCACCGUUGGAUUGAAACACCCUGCACCUUUUGCAGAUGAGCUUGAGCCGGCUGACGGUAAACCGUACAAGAGAGUCAGCAUGGAAGAGGCAAAGAGGGCAACGCCUCCUGACAGACCCGUGCGAGUCUAUGCAGAUGGCAUCUUUGAUGUUUUCCACUCGGGUCAUGCCAGAGCUCUCAUGCAAGCAAAAUGCCUCUUUCCAAACACACACCUCAUCGUUGGGGUGUGCAGUGAUGACUUAACCCACAAAUACAAGGGCUUCACAGUGAUGAACGAGGACGAGCGAUACGACGCCAUCAGGCAUUGCCGCUAUGUGGACGAAGUGGUGCGAAAUGCUCCCUGGACGCUAUCGCCGGAGUUCCUGGCAAAACAUCGCAUUGACUUUGUGGCACACGACGACAUCCCGUACUCCUCAGCCGGCAGUGACGAUGUGUACAAGCACAUUAAAGAAGCUGGUAUGUUUGCUCCGACCCAACGGACAGAGGGCAUUUCCACCUCUGACAUCAUUACCCGAAUUGUCCGUGACUAUGAUGUGUAUGUGAGACGCAACCUGCAGAGAGGAUACACAGCUAAAGAACUCAACGUCAGCUUCAUCAAUGAAAAGAAGUACCACCUGCAGGAGCGAGUAGAUAAGGUGAAGAGGAAGGUGCGUGACGUCGAGGAGAAGAGCAAAGAGUUUGUCCAGAAGGUGGAAGAGAAAAGCAUCGACCUGAUCCAGAAAUGGGAAGAGAAAUCUAGGGAGUUCAUUGGAAACUUCUUGCAGAUGUUUGGGCCUGAAGGAGCUCUGAAGCACAUGCUGAAAGAGGGAAAAGGCCGCAUGCUGCAAGCCAUCAGCCCCAGGCAAAGCCCCAGCAGCAGCCCCACCCGGGAGGAGCGCUCUCCCUCACCCACUUUCCGCCUCCCCUUCUUCUCCAAGACAUCUCCCCCCCCCUCACCCCCCCACCACAGCGGGGCGCGCGGAUACCUCAUCAGCGAGGACGACGACGAAGACGACGACAACUAGACCUCUUUAAUUGCGCUCUGACAGGUCAGAUGGGAGUGAACAGAGCGGUUGAGCUGCCUGGUUUUCGUCCAACCCCCAUUUCGAAUUCUGUUUGUUUUAUGGUUUUACUUUUAGCACUUCAGUGUUAGAUUCACAUUCAAAGCCAGACUUUCUCCAGCUCAAGCUUUUAACAGCCAUUUUCCAUCUUUUUUUCUGCUUAAUGGUCGGUGAAGGUUAAAGUUACAUCUGCACCCUUUGAGUUCUUUUAAAAGUUACAUGUAUCAAUUUUUUUUUUGUUAGUCACUCGCUGCCACUGGAAUAUUUUCAGUAGCAGUGGCUCUCUUCACCGCUCCAGCUCUGCCGAUAGGUGCUUCGUUGUUUGCAGGUUUUUGGUAUCUUGUUGCACCAGAAAUUGUAGUUUUGAUGGGAAGCUUUAUUAGAGCAGGUUGGAAAACCUUGAAAUGAUCUGCUGCGAGACAGUUUAUAUUCUGCUGAUGGUAACAUGAAACCAAGCUCUCUUUUCUCAUAAAGUGACAGGAAAUCUCCAGAUCAGGUGAGAUCCCAGCGGAAUCUGAGAGUGGAUGCUAAGCGCAGUGUUUUUCUACCGGUGUUGUCUGCAUCGGGUCCAAGUGUGUUAGUGUAUGUGCAUGCAGUGUGUGAGCAAACUCUGCAGAUCAGCAUGUUCCACCUGUUGACAGAUCUGAGCUCUUAACUUUAUUGCUUAUAGUAAUAAAUUUGCUUUAGAAUUUAUUGUCUUCUGACGAGAAUCAGUCUUUGGAAGACUAUUUUCAAACAAGGCGCCUUUCAGUGGCGUGUGGGAAUGGAUGACACGUUUUAAAUGUUGUUGAAGAAUUGCUUAUUUUUGGAGUCUUUCAUUCCUGUGCUUUUUCAGUGUGGGCAGAGAAUCAGCACCAGGAAGGUGGGCUUUUUCUGUGUUCUUCUCUCUUAUGUUAUCUAGAUCUGGGCCUGUGGAAAAGUGUUGUGAUGAUAACGUAUUUGGUUUUUGUAUAUCUAAAGUAAAUACGCACCCUACUUCACUCGAGAACAUGGUCAGCUGGAGUCCAUUUAGCAACAGAUGGGUUUCUUUCAUGAACAACGCAGAGCAAAAUGUACACAGCUUCCCCAAAAAUUGUAAGACAGGACUUCCAUUAAAGCUGCUUCUCAUAUGUGAGUUUAGAGGAUUUAACGGAUCAGAUGGUACUGGAGAGGAGUUGGAUCUAAACACUCCAGAUCAUCCUUUAUGUAGCUACCUCCUUCCACUGUUUCCCAGGAUAAGCACAAAGUCUGAGGAUUAUUUUUCCUUCCUGGGUAGAAUGAAGUCAGCUGACUGUCAAAAAUGAGGGUUUUCCUGUCCUCUCUUGUGUCCCAAAUGUGUCGUGUCUCCUUUGUCAGCAAGAACAAGACAUCAUGUGAUCAGAGGAUGUAAUGCAAUGCUGUUGUCGACUGAGAUAAAUGUUAAAAGAUGUCAGACCCAUCUGUUCUAGGCUUGGUUUCCCAUUAGCUCCUUUUGGUUUGAAACAAUCAUUGCUGGAACAACACAGACCAUUUCUAUUCUCAUGGAUGCAAAAUCAGAUUUCAUUAGGGGAAAAUAAUUCAGAUCUGGUGUAAUUCGCAGAGAAUAAACAAACAUCCAGCCCACUGUGGUGCUAAGCUACUUUUGGGAAGCCUUGCCUUGAUUCUCGUGGAAUCUUUCUUUUUGAAGCAACGUACACCUUAUCAUUACAAGCAUGUCCAUAAGGAGAAGAGCGGUAAGCCAACAACAGCCACUACUAAUAACAAUAAGAGGCAAAAAAAAAAUGUUUUAAAAAAAGUUGUUUUAAUCAUGUUUUAUGUUACUGUUUGGGGUUAUUUUUGUCUGGCAAUCUUGAUGUAGAGGAAAGAGCAAAAUAAAAUGUUGGCCAAAGCAUUGUCCAUUUCGUUGUGUUUAUUCAGUCAGAAUUCUAAAUUCUCAGUGUAUCUUUUUAUUUUAUUUCAAGCUUGUGUAAUCUCUGUAAAACAUUUUUUUAAAAGGACUUAAACAAAGGUCUUAAAAAAAGUGAA